AUGUCGGGCUCUCAGGAAAAGCACAAUGGAGAACCAUCGUCCAAGACAAUUCGUCUGAUGGUCGAUCGAGAAAGCUGCGCGAUUGCGAAAGCUAAACCCUAUUCACUAUCCUCUGUAGAUAAGUCUUCCUCGACGCUGAACAGGAUAACGAGACCAUCUUCGUCUGAUAAGAGCUCCGAAAAGAUGAGAAGCGCCCCACCCGUGAAGGGCAUCCGUAGUCCUGAGAUUGCGCAAAUGGUGUCCAGCGAUGAAGAGGCGCCUAACAAGAGAAAACGCCGACUCUCGAAAAGGAGUAAAAGCGACAUUAUCGAAAGUCCUUCGAAACCUACAGUUCCUCUUCCAGAUGUCAAUGAAAACAUUAGUCCGGAUGACUAUCUUCUGAAACUAGUGGAAGCUCAGCUCGGAUUGAAAUUGGAGCAAAGGAAAGCAAUGGAAGUAAAAGAUUUCUUCCACGAAAGUACGGAAGAAGAAAAGGCAGCAUAUACUACUGAGGUAGUGACUGCUGUGCGAGACGAGCAGCUAGACCACCUUGAAAAAAUGAGGGAGAAUGGACAAGAGUUGAACUGUUUCAAUCGAUUUGGAGAGUCGCUGCUGAACUUGGCUUGCCGGAGAGGAUUCCAAUCGAUUGUUCGGUAUCUAAUGGAUCAGCCUAAUGUGACUGUUAAGAGUAGUGAUGACUGCGGACGAACGCCGCUACAUGACGCUUGCUGGCAUCCCCAAGCUCAAACCACAAUUUGCAAAUGGAUCUUGGAAGAAGAACCAGCUCUCUUUUUCAUUAAGGAUAAACGUGGCUGCUCCGCUUUUGAGUAUGCUCGUCCAGAGCAUUGGCCAGUUUGGAGAAAAUUCCUGUUGGAGAAUCGAGAAAGCCUGGAAAAGUUGCAAGAUCCUGUCAUCAAAUCGAUGCUCUCCAAGCAAGCAUUAUAA